ACGUGAUGACGUAGUUCCUCUACACGUCGGCUCCGGGGAAAACAACACCGAAACGACCCCAGCCCGAAAGAAAAACACCAAAUAUUCAGCGUACUCCUCAACUGUAACUGCAUCCGACUUCUAAAACCGUAGUCUAACGUAACGAGAGCACAAUGCCCCAGAACGAGCACAUUGAGUUACACCGGAAGCGCCAUGGCUACCGCCUGGACCACCAUGAGAAGAAAAGGAAGAAGGAGAGCAGAGAGGCUCACGAGAGGUCCCACAAAGCCAGGAAGAUGAUCGGCUUGAAGGCAAAACUGUACCACAAACAGAGACACGCAGAGAAGAUUCAGAUGAAGAAGACCAUCAAAAUGCACGAACAGAGGAAGACCAAGCAGAAGAAUGACGACAAGACCCCUGAGGGAGCAGUUCCAGCGUACCUUCUGGACAGAGAGGGACAGUCCCGUGCAAAGGUCCUCUCCAACAUGAUCAAGCAGAAGAGAAAAGAAAAGGCUGGAAAAUGGGAAGUGCCCCUGCCAAAGGUGCGCGCUCAAGGAGAGACAGAAGUUCUCAAAGUCAUCAAGACUGGAAAAAGACAGAAGAAAGCCUGGAAGAGGAUGGUCACAAAAGUUUGCUUUGUUGGCGAUGGCUUCACACGUAAACCUCCAAAGUAUGAACGUUUCAUCAGACCCAUGGGUUUACGUUUCAAGAAGGCUCACGUCACACAUCCAGAGUUGAAAGCAACAUUCUGUCUUCCCAUCCUCGGUGUGAAGAAGAACCCCUCAUCGCCUCUCUACACCUCUCUGGGAGUCAUCACGAAAGGAACAGUCGUGGAGGUCAACGUCAGCGAGUUGGGUCUGGUUACACAGGGAGGAAAGGUUAUCUGGGGUAAAUACGCCCAAGUGACAAAUAACCCAGAGAACGAUGGCUGCAUUAAUGCAGUUUUGCUGGUAUAAAACUCAACCUGCCAGGGGACUCUUGCUUUACAUCAAGAUUGAAGAUGACGUCACAUGUGGAACAAGCUGCGGCCUUUCGUGCACUCAAAGAGUGAUGAGGCUGCUCUCGGGAACAUUUUUUUCUAACAAACAGGACACUAGGAGGAAGGAUAUUUACUGUUGAGUUUGAUCAAAAUAAACCUGAAAUGGCACCAGA